GUGACAUUGUGGAGGACUGCACUCUGCAGCAGUACUCGAGCAGUAUCAUUCAUGAUUUCUCGAGUACCACCGGGCCCGUUUCCGUAAACAUUUUAUCAAAACUUGUGCUGCCCGGGGAGCUCGUGUGACAUCGGGGUGAGUUUGCCGAAAGUCGACCGGGAAUCUUCCUCAUGAGAAGCAUUUUUGAAAACUUAGAGCAUUUCACCUCGCGCGAAAGCGUUGGCCAAAAGGGCCGCAAAUGGCUGCGUGAAUAAAGAGUGAGUACGUUACGAACCUAUCUCUAAGCUCUUCUCUCCGGUUCGCUUCGAGUGUUAUAUCUACGAAUGAUGACAAUUGGGAGGCAAAUGCUGAGACCAAGACUCAAAGCUGAGAAAACGACUGACAACGCAUCUCUCAGAAAAAGGAAAAGCAAAACGUAACCGCGAACGCCAUUUUGGGUGCACUUGUAUUUCCGCCUGAUCUGCGACGACGGCCUCGACUGGCCAGAUGGUGAUAUCGGGUCGAGACGAAGAGGAGGAGGAAUUCGUGUGCCUUCGUGAUUGACAUUCUAUCGUGACGAAGGGACUACUCAACAAAUGUUUAAAUGGACGCAUCGUCCAUUAUCACCCAAGUGUCACAACGAGAUGACGAGCUAUUUAAUAACGAGAAAGCGCAAAUUCCACGAGAGAAUGAAGCAACCACGAAUGGUCCAGGGACUGGUAGCAAGAAGCCACGUCGAGGCCUCCUGCGUUCUCUGCUGUGCUGCCUCGGGAGAGGACGUGGCACCAGUUCAAAAACGAGCUCUCUACAGGCAGAGGGUCGGGGUUCGCCACCUCCAGGCACAGGCUCACCCAGGUUCCUCCUUCCGCCAGUCCGUCAUCAGGAUAUGCACAAAAAGUGCAUGGUGAUCGAUUUGGAUGAGACUUUAGUGCAUAGUUCGUUCAAGCCGAUCAAUAACGCGGACUUUGUUGUUCCCGUCGAGAUUGACGGAACCGUGCACCAGGUGUACGUUUUAAAGAGGCCUUACGUCGAUGAGUUUUUGCAGAGAAUGGGCGAAUUGUACGAAUGUGUCUUGUUUACUGCAAGUUUAGCUAAGUAUGCAGAUCCAGUGGCGGAUUUGCUCGACAGAUGGGGAGUAUUUAGAGCAAGAUUAUUUAGAGAAUCGUGUGUCUUUCACAGAGGAAAUUACGUCAAGGACUUGAAUAAAUUAGGCCGAGAUUUACAGCAAAUCAUCAUUGUCGAUAACAGUCCUGCCAGUUACAUAUUUCAUCCUGACAAUGCUGUGCCAGUGGCUUCGUGGUUCGACGAUAUGACGGAUUCGGAAUUGCUCGACCUGAUACCCUUUUUCGAGAAGCUCAGUAACGUGGAAAACAUUUAUACUGUGCUCUGCAACAGCAAUCACCCCUACAAUCAGGUAUCAGCGUCGGUGCCGAAUAACCCCAGUCCCGGAUCAGGAUCCUUGGGCGCUUCCUAGCCCCAGCGAAAUUCUGGUCGAAAGACCAGCCUUGUCAUCCCACGAUGCACACUAGGGAGAGCCCUCUUUGGCCUUUUCGAGAUUGCUCACCACUUUGCUUGCUGUGCUGGACACUCAGGUACGCCCAACUAAAAAAAGAAAAAAUCCCACACCAACAGCGAAAAAACACUGGAUGUGGAGAAGAGGAGCAGGUGGAGUGAACCGAUUUUUUUCCGAGGAAGUCGAGUAGUGCAGUAUCUAUCGGAAUCGAGGUCACGAUGCAAAAAAAAAAAAGAGAGCCCAACUUGAUCGGUUCUCCGCUGGGUGGAAACGGAGCCUUGAUCGAGGUCAGGUCCACAUCACUGGUUAGUUGCUAGAAAACAGAAUGCAAAGCUUCCACUUGCUUGGUGUGAAUGAAAGAGUGAAUCGGAGUAAGUGAGUAAGAAAUGGAUGAUCUGGAUUCACGGGAGUACCGGGCACCUGGAGAGAUAUACAGUAAGAAAAUUUAACUCCUUGAGAGCAAAAACACCGAGAUUUUCUCUUUGAUAUCUUUGGAUCAGCUAGCUGGAGAGACGAAAUCGAAAACACUUUUUUUUUAUUUUUAUGGCGGGAAACCAUAAGUUCUAACUUACUUGCAUUUUCAAAAACAAAACAGCAACAACAACAACAAAAAUCAUACCAACUAUCCUGGUCGCGACUUUCGUUAACUUACAAGUCCGAGCCAAUGCAUAUCAUUCUCUCCCUCCAGGAAAUCGUAUAGACUCGCGAACUCCUACGUUAAAUCGAUAAUUAUAAAUAACAAUUAACGAGUUAAGAUUAUUUACGAAUAGCCUUUAAACGAUAGGCGGGCCCUGCGAGAGCCUACCUACGCUUUACACCUACUAACGAAUAAUUAUCGGUAUUAGCAAAGCUUCAUCGAGGAAUAACGCUGAUUACAGAUUACAUUUAUAUUACGAACCUCGUAUUAUGAAUACUCGUAUUAUUUGUUUCUUUAACGCCAACAGAUUUAGGACAGAAAUCAAAUGGAAUUUGAGCUGAAUGAGGAAUUUUCAGGGUGGCCGUUUUAAUCAAAGAAACAAAAUUCCCGCCUUUGUCUCGUGCAUUUUCCAAACUAUAGUUUUAUUAUGUUUGAUUCAAACGCUCAAUAAUUUGCACAUAUCAAAUGGUAGCUUUUAAUACUUUUUAAUUGAACCAUUUUUAAUUAAGUGCAGUUAAACUGGAAUAUUUUUAACUGAAUAAUUUACAGUUUAGACAUUCAGAUUCACAAGAGCAGGCUGUUUGGCGAAAAAUUUUCAUUGGCCUGCAGUACAUAUUUUUUUUAAUUCUUAAAAUGUCUAUAAAUAUAAUUUCCUUUAAUAAUCCUUAAAAACACUGCACAAUACUGUCAUUUUUCUCAGGAAAACUGACCUUUUUUAAAUUACUUUUCAAAUAUAUAUUUAUACUUAGAAGUAUAAGUGAAGUUUUUUAUUCGAAAAAUGGUGCUUUUAAUCAGAGUUUUCAAAAAGAACAGUGACUCAUCAAAGAAAUAUUUGCUUCGAAAAGUAACGAAAUGCGAUUAAAAAUACAAUUUUUUUUCAAACAAAGUUUUUCGGUAAGUUGGGAAUUGUUUUGUCGUCAGACUUAUACGGCCUGUGAAGAAUAUUUCAAAGUUUAUUUUCUCGAAAAAAAGGGAAAAGUUCAGAUAAAUCAAUAAAUUUGUAAAUUAAAAAAAAAAUAAUUUUAAGCUAC